GAGGCGGUGAGUGCGUCCGGUAGUGUGCUGCCGGAGCGCGCGUGGCGGGCUUGACCGAGUUCCCUCCAUGCCCCGGCUCGCUGGGUCUGGCCUCGGUGCCUCUGGAAGCCAGGACAGCUGCUGUUGCCGCUAGACCACUGACCCAGUUAUUUACGUAGAGGUGGGGGCCUCUAACACCUUGAAUACAAGAGUGCCAUCCAAACAGUUAAGAAUGCAGCCACACAGAGUGAACUAGGAUACACCUUCCCACCUCAUCCUCCAGAUGGCAUCUGAGGCAGAGCCCCGCCCCCUGGGCAUGUUCGAGUGUCAGCUUUGUGCUUUAAAAGCUCCUUACAGCUAUGUUGGGCAGAAGCCCCCAGACACCCAGGCUAUUGUCCUCCUGGAGGAGAGCUACAUCAUGAAGGAUCCCUUCUCCUCAGACAAGGCCAGGUUUCUGGUCCUCGGCUCUCGGUGCAGUGUGUGCGGCAGGCUGGUGUGUGUGGGCCCGGACUGCAGCCUGUUCUACUCCAAGAGGGUCUGCCUUCCCUGUGUUCAGGAGAACAUUGGUGCUUUCCCUCAGGAAAUCCAGCGGGAUGUGGAGAAGAGAAAGGCUGCUAGCAAGAGGCAUUCCAGCCAUCCCUGACUGGCAGGGGCACCGCCUCCUGUGAAGCAUUGGGCUGGGCUCGGCCAGGAUUCCGGCUGGGAGCUGUGGAUCUGGUCUUCUCUGAACUGUGUGGAGUACCUCCAGCCUCAGGAGCUGAGGAACUGGCCAAGACUGAGGAUAGACAGCAGGGGUGAAUCCAACUAACACAUCAGGCCUGGCCUCUAUUGGACACCAGGAACGAGGGAGAGGGACCUCCUUCACUUGACAGCUGGUAGACACUUCCUGCAGAUGGACAUGUGGGGAGACACCUGGCUUCUCUCCAGGACUUCCAAACAGCAUGAUGUCAUCUGUCUAGGGAAAUCAGCCUCUGAGGGCCAGAGAGUAUGCGAGGGUUACAUCACAUCCUCUGUAACACCUCGGUUAUGAUUUAAACCUUGACUCUGUAUCAUAUUUAUAAUUAAAAAUCUGAAGGAUAAACUCA